GCUGCGCGUGCACGAGCCUUCCCUUUGCUCUGUGGAGGCGGGAGCGCGCACUGGCUUCUGCUCCCACUCGAGCGCAUGCAGAGAACUACCUCCGGAUUGCUAAGCAUCACAGUGAGACGAAAAUGUCUCAUCUGCUGUCCAUCAACAAAUAUUGCUUCGUUUUCCAGAGUAACAUAGGAGUAUUAAUUAUGUUUUGGAAUAAUUCUCCUUACCACCUCUAGAUAAAUCGCAUCAUAUUUCAUCGAGUGUUGUUUUGAUUUAUUUCCGUCCGAGGAGUCGGAGUACUCGCGCACAGGAGUGGAAAAUGGCGACCAGAUACUUGGUGCUCCUUGCCUUGGGGACUGCAGUGAUUACCCUUGCAGUGACUGUGCAGUGCUGUCCUAAGCAGUGUACUUGCUCCGACAAAAACCCCCAUCACUUUGUGGACUGUGCUUACAAAGAACUUCAGAUGGUACCUGGGGGCUUGCCAUCCAAUGUGACCACUCUUAGCCUUUCAGCAAACAAAAUCAAAGAGUUGAAAUCCCAAAAUUUUGUGAAUGUGACCCAGGUUACAUCUCUUUGGCUGGCCCACAAUGAAAUUGUCACCAUUGAGAGAAACACGCUGGCACCAAUGUACCAGUUAAGGAAUCUGGACCUAAGCAAUAAUAAAAUCGUAAAUUUCCCAUGGGAGGACCUUGCUAAUCUCACUGCUCUGCAGCUGCUGAAAAUGAACAACAAUGAGAUGGUCAGUUUGCCUAAGGACGUUUUCGCCAACUUGAAAGAUCUGCGUUCAGUUCGCAUCAACAAUAACAAGUUUACUACCAUUGCAGAAGGAACUUUUGAUGCUCUUAUCUUCAUGUCGCACCUACAGAUUUACAACAAUCCUUUCACCUGUUCUUGCAAACUGGAGUGGAUGAGGGAUUGGAUCAUUAAGUCUAAAAUUUCCAUUCCUGAGCAGAACAACAUCAUAUGUGCGGCGCCCGUCCAUUUAAAAGGUUUACAGGUCACUCAAAUGCCAAAACUGGUAUGUCAGGCUCCAACUGUAACCAUAACCUAUCAGCCCAACAUUGAAAACACAGAAAUUCAUGAGGGGUACAGGGUCAUCUUAAACUGUGAAACUAAAGGGAGCCCCAAACCUGAUGUUGAGUGGGAAGUAUUUGCAGGAAACCAGCUAUUAAAAUUCCCAUUGCCCUCAGUUGUUGAAAAUAGUGAGGUCCCUAUUAACGGUGCACCCUCUAAUACAAGAUUCCUCAUUUUUCAAAAUGGAACUCUAAUCAUUCCUCGUAUGAGCAAAAAAGAAGAUGGAAACUAUAGCUGUUCUGCUACUAAUAGCAUGGGCACAGCUGAAAACACAGUGAAACUUGCAAUGGCUGUUACUAAAAAAGAAACCAUCAACUCUGUGCUGGACACAAAAGAACGUAUAGGUCCAACUGACAAUAAGCCUGGCCCAAAGAACCCCAAAAACAAUGUAUGGCCCAUACAUGAGAAGCCCAAAAUUCUUCCAACUGGAGCAUCAUCCAUUAAUAUUAAACCUGAACAGGUUCAUCCUGAUACUUUACCAUCUACCAGUAAGUGUGGAAUAAGUGAUGGUACACAGUAUAUAUCCAAUCAUGCAUUUAACCUGAGCUUGGAUGACCUUAAACAGUAUACCUUUGACUUUGGGGUGAUUGCUUUGGAGGUGUCAGAAACUGAGGCUAAAGUCCAGCUUAAUCCUCUACAGAUGGCAAAUGCCAAAUCAAACCUUCACCUCAACCAACCCCAAGACCUGGAAACUGUGAAUAAGGAACCGUUCACUCUUUACCAGACACCAUCCAAAAAAUCUCCCAUGGACAUGCUGUAUGUUUGUGUGAGCACUGGCAACGGACAUUCAGUUGUUCAGUGGUCCAAGAUCGAGGACGGUGUCAAUACAUAUCGUUUCCAAGGUUUACGGCCAGGCACUAAUUACACUCUGUGCCUCACCUAUGGAGGCCAGGACUGCCAGGUCCAAGUUGUCUUUACGACAAGGAAGAAAAUCCCAUCAUUGCUUAUCAUAGUGGUGGUCAGCAUUUUCUUGCUGGCUCUAGCCACAGUGCCCUUGCUAGGAGCCACCUGCUGUCACUUGUUGUACAAGUAUCAAGGGAAGACCUACAAACUGAUUAUGAAGACGCAGAAUGCAGAUCAGAUGGAGAAGCACAUAGCAACAGAUUUUGAUCUGAGAGCCUCUUUUGUGGGAUCGGAGAAAAACUUCAACGCGAGUGAGCUUGGUGAGGGAGACGCUGAAGCUGAUGUGGAGGAAGGAGAAGGGGAAGGUGAGGAAGUCGAGGGCAGUGUGGUGACUGAGUCCAUUCCUGAGUCGCAAUCCAAAACUCAGGAGGAGUUUGAAGUGGGGUCUGAGUAUAGUGACAGGUUACCUUUAGGGGCUGAGGCAGUGAAUAUAUCUGAGGAAAUAAAUGGCAAUUAUAAAGACCCGCGCUAAAACCAACAGUGUGAAAAAUAUUUACCUUUCGAACGCAUUCCAAACCAGGUAAAUACCGAUGAGCACAUCACCUUGCUAUUGUAAUACUCUGCAGAAGGUGCAUUAAUUGUAUUUUACCUCAGUUAUUUAGCAGUAAAUGUAUAUAUUUCAUAUUGGUUCUUGGGUUUUUAUAAAUAGCCUAUCUCUAUGAACAAAAGGAAUUUAUUCCAACACACCUCACACUGAGUUGUACAUUCAGCUCAACGUUAAAACCAUCACCUGGAAAGUCUUAGCAUCCCUGCAUACAUGUAAGAGAGUGUGGAAUUCAUAGUAACAAUCAGUCACUAAUAAAUGUCCUUUAACUGAGGGCUUUGGUAAACGUAAUGCUGCGUUCACACUGCGCGCCUGGAGAGUACAACAUGUUCAUCAGUGAUCGUGCACAGAUUGUUACUUCUGAAAGGGAAUCCUUUCACUUCAUGGCAUGUGCGGAAAAAAGUAGGCUAAAAAAACCCAGGUCACCUUCAAGUGACUUCAAGUUUUGUGUAAUGUGUGACUUCAGAUCUCCUUUAAGGAGCGGGUGCUUAAGAAGAUCCUCUCGCCUUUUUGGAUUGAUUGAACGUCUCCUUUCUCUAGUUUAAGGUAACUUGUUCGUGGCAUGUCACACAAGAAGUAUUUCCGAGUGUGUUUUAUUAGAGUAUAUAGGACGGUAGAUAUUCUCAGUGUCGAUAUGUGGUGUAAAGUGUAAAGAUGUCCUCUUUUUUUAUAUCUCAACCGUCACAUUUCACCAUCAGCCUGUACGCACGUCCCGCUUAGUGCUUUGUGUCGAGCUGUCCAACUGAUGUUGUGAACCAUCUUUUCACAGAUUUUGAUAUGAUUUUAUGUACGUGAACUUAAUAAAAAUACUUAUGAAUA